UUUAUUUUUUUUUUUCCCACUUGAGUGCUGCCCAGGCAAGAUUCAUUUUGUGUCCUUGCUCCUCUUUGGAAUAGGUUGUGUGCAUUCCAUUAAACAGAUCCCAAGAACAGGCAACAUGGGCAUAAUGUUCUGGAUGUUGGAAAACACUUGGGCCAAAAUCCUGUGGAGAAGAGCUAGAGGCUGUAGGUCACUCUCAAAGUAUGCUAAAUAUCUCUUUUUUUUUUUUUUUUUUUAAACAAACCUUUCUUAGUUUUUACAAAAAAAGCGUGCAUUUAGUUAGUUCCUAAUUUUAUUCUCAAGCAUUCUCUUCCACAAAAUUUUAGUGUAGAUUAUUUGAUGAAGAGAAUUGUAACAACUGUGGCUUAGGAUAUCCACGCAUCCUGCUGUUCUCCAUGCUGUGCACACACUCACAGGUUGUUCCCUGUCCUCUGUGGGAUAUAAUCUGUUUAUGGGCUGCCUGUGCUGUGGGGUUACAUCCCUGUGGCUGUAUUUGUAUGUGUGGUUGAAGUGAGAUGGCUUCUGCAGCUGGAUGGAGCCCUGGUCAGUCCCUGUUAGCUGCACAUGUGAAUUUUAUGGAUUACACUGAACCAGGAAACAAGAUGUUGUGACUGUAUCAGAAAUCCAUCCUUAGGUGUUUCCAGACUGUGUCAGUGCUACAGUAUCAAGCAACAGCAAGUGCAUUUUCUGUCAAGUCAAAUUGCAGAUUUAUCCUUUUCUGAGUCUGUGUGUAAUCACAUAUAGAAUCAUUACAUUCAAGUUUUCAAACGUGUCUGCAGGAAAAAAAUCCCCCAAAGAUUUCACAUAAUCUAUUCAAAAUAAUUCAAAUUAUUUUUCUCAUGAAUAUUCUAUCUUCAGUUUAGUUUAUGAACUACACAGCAUUUUUUUUGGCUGUCACCACUUGAUAUAUUUUUUUGUCGUCUCAUAAUUGAAGUAUCCACAGGAAAACUUCAGUGUAGGUUUUACUGCGUUUUCUUUACAUAAUCUCCAGUUCAGUGGUGAAAGGCAGAGCUCAGUCUGCUGCAGUCACAGGGUAAAAAGGGAAAGUCACAGGGUAAAGUAGGGGCUGGUGUGCUGCACUGAGAUUUUGGAGGCUCAGAUCAUUUCUCAUUGAUCUCCCCAGUGAAUUUUGGCCAUGCAUUUUUUUAAAAUCUGUGCUUACGUGUUUUGCUGGGCUGAAAUUUUUUUCUUGUUACAUUUCCCAUGUGCUGGUAGAAAACCCAAGAAUUGUUCACAUUUUGAGUACAUUGUUGUUGUUGUUAGGGUUAGUGGGGAUUUUGUUUUGUAUUUGGAAAUUUCACUUUGGCAUGUAAAAAGUCAAGCUGGUAUUAAGUACUUACAGCUUUGAUUUGUACUCUUAAUACAAUUUGUAAUAUUUGGGUUAAAUAAAAAUAACAUUUUAAAGCUAAGUCCUUGCAAUCUUCCAUUGUGGGACUGAAAGGUGUUUAGAAUGAAUGAAAUAUAAAUUUAUUUAAAAUACUUUAGCCUUACAAAAUGGUUAGUCUUCUGGAAGCUGUAAUUUCUCCUUCAGAAUUUUGCUUUCCAACUAUAUUUUUCUGUGCUGUAAAUGCAGUGCUCUCAUAAAGCCCUGAUAAUUCUGCUUGCUGCCACAGUAAGUUUGGGACUGUUCAGGAGCAAUUCAAUUUCCUGGAAAAGAGUAACUCUUUGGUGAAAUUAAAGCCUUAGUGGCCGAGGGUGAAUGAUCACAGAGCCACCACUGUGGCACUGGAACUGCCUGUUCUAAUGGCCGUGUUAAUGUCCUGAGUGGAGCAGUCCAAAUUGUAUUUCAGAAUAUUAUGUCGUGGUCUGGCAGCCAAAUGUUGCCUCUGCAAAACUGGCACAUAUGUGAAAGCUUACAGUAAAGCAGAUUAAUAUUUGUAUUUUGGUCUAAGUAAGACCAAAUGCAAUUUUUUUUGUGUGUGAAAUUAAAAAUGUUGCAACUGUUACUUCUCUUGAAGCAGCUGGUUACUUCACUUGUCACUUGUUCAAAGGGUCUGUAGGUUUACAAAUGAGAAGCCUCAGAGGGGGUUAUUUUGCCACAGCUCAGUGCUGUACAAAAUGUAAAACAACUUACUGCUUUUCUAAGCAGGAGGAUUCCAAGAGCAAGGAGAAAAAGCUGCUGAUGGAGUUCUUUCAUUUGCUUACUUGAUGCCAGAUGUUGCCAAAAUCUUUUACCCAGUCUAUUUUAGAUCUCCCCAGGGUGAUUGAACAGUGAAAUAUUCACACUUGUAGCAGGUUCUUCACUUCAUUCACUGAGGUGGUUUCAUGCCAGAACUGUGGAACACAGGAUUCAUCAGGUAGAUCAGAGAUGGGGUGGAAAAUAAAAUAAUGGCACCACAGAUCUGGAAAUGCCAAUUUUGUUAUUAUGGUGCUGUGGCACGUUUUUAUGAAGUUGCUGAGGGGCAGUAACUUGGUUCCCCUGCCAGCAAAGAGGGGAUCCCAUGUCAUGUAUGGCACUGGGAGGCAGGCAUUGGUGCUAGAAAGGGAAAUAAAACUCAGAUCUUGUUCUGGCAUGGUUGGUUCUCAUCCUUCACAGAACACAUUGUUUGGGGUUUGAUGUGGUAGCUCCUCCAGGCCGUGGUGUUCUCAUUUUUUAGUACCUAGGUGUACAAAAGAGGCAUUUGCUGUUAAACCUGAGGGCUGUUUGAGUACACAGAGAGUCAAAAGGUGAUUUUUGAAAAUGGGAGCUGAGUGUGAUGAUCACAGUCUGUCCUUCACCCUGCUGUGCCCAGAGAUCUCCACCUCUCUUCUGCAGCUGAUGGGAAAUUCAGGCAAAAAGUAGAAUAUGGCAGCCUACUUCUGGUAUACUGAAAGAGGGAUCCAUUUUUUUUAAACCUCCAAAUUCCAAUUUUUAUUUUAUUGGUGAGGUUUUGGAAUUGCCUGUGUUUUUUCUUGAGGGCAGAAGAAGCUAGGAAGUGUGGCUAUACUUCACAUCCUGCUUGGCUUUUUAUGAGUUACACAGCAAACAAAGCAAAGGGAAAAGGAUAUUAUCAUACUUGCUGAAAAAUAAAGUCCAAGCCUUUUAUAUUCCAAGGAAACAGAGGCAACUAGAAAACAGAAAUUGGAUCUUUACAUGUUUUUGACCUGCCUAGAAAACAGGGGAAUUAAAAUGUGUGUGCUGUGUUGUAUGUCUUUGUAACUAAAGAACUUCUGGGUCAGUCUGUGAUCACUUAAUUUAUAUUUUCUAGCCCAUUUUUAUGUGGUCUAGAUCAUGAUAGUAGCAAUACUAGAAGGAAGAUUACCUGUUUAUCUUUUAUUAUUAUUGUUAUUUGGAGGUGUUGAUGUCAGUAACUUAAUUCUUAGUCCUAUUGAAAUUUGCCACAAUGAAUAUGUUUGAGCAGGGUUAUUCUGCCAACUUAAAAAUGACUCAGCAUCUUAAGAAUGACUCUAAGAGAAAGCAAAUAUGUUAGUUUAUAAGAAAGGCAGGAUUCUUCUUAUUUAAGAGUAUAUCAGCAGUUGAGUUGUGCAUUUUAGUGUUGCAGAGGGGACAGGAUCAAAAGCAUUCACAUGGAGCAUAUGGCUGUUCAUUGAGAACCUUCAACAGGCCAAAACCUCUUAGAAAACUUGGUUUAUAUGGUACUGGGCCAACAUUUAUUAUCUAAAUUACCUGAAUAUUCUGUGUAACACGAGUGUCUUCCUGUCUGUUGGUCCUUGCAUGUCACCUGCCUGUGCAGUCAUCACCUGGACCAAGUAGUUCAGCAUGAUGCAGCUCACAGCAGUAGGUGAUGGGUUUCUGUCUUCCACCUUGUACAUAAGUGGGAUCUCUGUGCUGGAACAAGAUAAUGUUUGCAACUCACUGAAGGAAAGGGAAUAUUUAUUCAUGCUUAUGAUGAUUUGACACAAUUAAUGUCUUAAUAACCAUGAUGGCAACACAGACAUUAAGUAUAGACAACUAUCAAGAUGGACAACAGAUGCAAGUGGUAACAGAGUUAAAAACUGAACAAGAUCCCAGCUGCUCUGAAACUGAUGCCGAAGGGGUGAGUCCUGCCCCUGUAGAAUCUCAGACUCCAAUGGAUGCAGACAAGCAGGCCAUUUACAGGCACCCUCUAUUUCCCUUGUUAGCACUAUUAUUUGAAAAAUGUGAACAAUCUACGCAAGGCUCAGAAGGCACAACUUCUGCCAGUUUUGAUGUAGAUAUUGAAAACUUUGUAAGGAAGCAGGAGAAAGAAGGAAAACCUUUUUUCUGUGAAGAUCCAGAAACUGAUAAUUUGAUGGUAAAAGCAAUCCAAGUUCUGCGUAUCCAUCUGCUGGAGCUAGAAAAGGUUAAUGAACUCUGCAAGGAUUUCUGUAGUCGUUACAUUGCCUGCCUGAAGACAAAAAUGAACAGUGAAACUCUAUUAAGUGGAGAGCCUGGAAGUCCUUAUUCACCUGUGCAAUCUCAGCAAAUUCCAAGUGCCAUUGCAGGCACACUCAGUCCCCAAGGGAUCGUGGUGCCAGCAUCAGCAUUGCAGCAGGGAAAUGUAACUAUGGCAACAGUAGCAGGGGGGACAGUGUAUCAGCCAGUCACUGUGGUCACUCCUCAAGGACAAGUGGUGACACAGGCACUGUCACCCGGGACUAUUCGGAUCCAGAACUCUCAGCUCCAGUUGCAAUUAAACCAAGAUCUAGGCAUCUUGCAUCAAGAUGAUGGCUCAUCAAAAAAUAAGAGAGGAGUUCUUCCCAAGCACGCUACAAAUGUGAUGAGAUCUUGGCUUUUUCAGCACAUAGGGCAUCCAUAUCCAACAGAGGAUGAGAAGAAGCAGAUUGCAGCACAAACAAAUUUGACACUACUCCAGGUUAACAAUUGGUUUAUCAAUGCUAGAAGGCGAAUUCUUCAGCCAAUGCUGGAUUCCAGUUGUUCUGAAACUCCAAAAACAAAGAAGAAAACAGCCCAGAACAGACCAGUGCAGAGGUUCUGGCCUGACUCCAUUGCCUCAGGAGUUGCUCAGCAGCAAUCGAACGAGCUCACGAUGUCAGAUGGUGCUGUCGUGACCAUCACAGCUCCAGUGAACAUGAAUGUAGACAGUCUGCAGUCCUUGUCCUCAGAUGGUGCCACCCUGGCUGUGCAGCAGGUGAUGAUGGCAGGGCAGAGCGAGGACGAGUCCGUGGACAGCGGCGAGGACGACGGGGGAGACCUCUCGACAGCAAAUAUCAGUGGGCUGGUCCUGGAUAACAGCGACUCUCUGCAGUAGGAAGGCAGAGAGCCUGGAGAAAAACACUUAGGAAAAAGAGUGGACUGACUGACUGACUUUUUAUAGUUUGCACAGCAAACAUUUUACACAAGUUUUAUUUCUAAUAUGUUUUAUAUGUAGAUAUAGAAGGGUGCACUUUUUUGUAUUUCAUAGUAAGCUUAAAGAGUGUUUUUGCAGGUGCAGCAACUUCUUUCAAAUGUGUUUUGGUUUUUUUUUUUUUUUGUUUUGUUUAUUUUCCUUUCCUUAUUUCAGAAAAUUAUAUCUAGUAAUAUAAAGAACCAUGUAAGCACCCCUUUGUUCUCUGAAUUGGAAGUGCUGCAGUUUCUGAUGAAUUAUGCAGUUUCAAUUAGUGCUGUUAUUUAACACAGCCUUUGAUGAGCAGGUGAUGUAAAUUUAAAGCAUGUGACACUAGUGUGUGAAACUUGAUUAUUGAGUUAGAUGCAUAUAUUUGAAAGAUGCUUCUGCACCUUAAAAACUGCUAGUCUGAGGUGGACAGCAACACACAUAAAAAGAAACUGUUGAUGUGUGAUUCAGUAGAGAAUGUAUGGCAAUUUAAAUAAGUUUAGUUUCUCUCAUAGUCCGUGAGCCUGUUUAUCAUUUGCUAUAAAAACUCCUAUUUUUACCUUGCUGGGGUUAUUGGAUAAAAAAAAAAUAUUUUUAUAAAUUCACUAGAAAUUGGGAUGACAACUGUAUUAAGCAGGAGGAAAAAAAAAUUUCCAGAGGGGAAAAAUAAAUGUUUAGUAUUCCUAUUUGGAAGGUCUGAAAAUUGACCCAAUUUAAUAAACAAGCCUACAGUAGCAUUCUAUGAUUCUCAGCUAUCCCACAGUGAUAUACUAUAUUUGAUAAUAGCAUAAGAAGGGCCCACUGUUUGCUGGGAUUUUGAUAUUGUCAAACAUUGAUUUAUAUUAUGUGUAAACUAAUAUUCAAAUUGCAUAACUCUGUAUCUAGACUUGUAUCUGAAAAUAUUUGCUAAAUGAGUAUUCAGGUAAGUAAGUUCAAACACCCACAACUUUUCCAAUUAUUAGAGAAAUUUAACAUUUUAUAGUUUGUACAACUGAAUCUAAAAAAUGAAAGUUGCCUACUAUACAGUCAUGAAUUCUGCUAUUUUAUUGCAUUUGAAAUAUUUUCCCCUAAUACAAAAAGAAAAAUAUAACAUGAAUUUAUAUCAAAUUUCUUCAGAUCUGAAGUUUACUACCAGAAUAUACAGCAGGCUUUGUUAGAGUAGGAAAUCCUUGUGUGUCAUUUAAAAAACAAAGAGCUGGUGAUAAAAACAGCUGGGUUUUGGUUUGAUUUUGUUUUGGGAUUUUUUUGUUUUGUUUUGUUGUGGUAACAGUUCAUUUCUUUCAUUUUCCCAAAGUUUGAAGUCUGUGAUUGUCUAUCCAUGAAUGCUUGCUUUUGGAACUUUGUAUUUCCCUUUGUUGAGUACAAAUAAGAGAUUCAAGAGCCUCAUGGUAUGAUCAACACCCUCUUUUGUCCCUGUCCAUUUGUCACAGUGUUGGCUUAGAUCAGAGCCAGAAUUUCCUUCUGAUUUUGACCAAAUCUGAGUGUGUUUCUAACGUGACAGGGAGAAAAGUGGUCACCUUUAGAAUCUUCAGACACUGUAUUUGAACAAAGCCCUUUGGCAGAUGCAAAUAUUUAAUGGAAUACUUAAUUUUUGCUUCUCAGAACACUCAGGCACAUGCUAAGGUCCCCUUGAUUUCAGGAGGAUGAAGGAAUGUGCUGCUGGACAUGCUGAAGAGGCUGGAAGCUGCUCAUGGCAGAUUGUCCUCCCAGGCAAGGUUCAGUUGGUAGGAAGAAAAGCUUCAGGAAGAAGUAUCAGUGGCAUUGCCAUACACACAUGGAGAACAACAGGAGUUUGCAGUGUCUGGGAGUUAUUUUUUUUUAAUGGUUUUUACUCAACAAAAGAGGUGUUUCUACUCUGGCUCUCACUGAGUCCUGGCUGAGGAUCUUCCUUAGUUCAAGUGCUGUCAUGAACUGCUCCACUGGACUGGUGAUUUCUAAGAAUUUGUUUAUUUCUGACUUCUCUGCUUUGCCACUGAUGUGCCAUGUUUGUUAAACAGCACAGUAAAUGAAUAAUGAAAGAUGAAUUAGGAAGGCUUUGACAUAGCAUGGCUAUCUCAAAGGCUGCUGUCAAAUCCAGUUUGACCCUAAAAAACAUUAAAAGACAAACCAUGUACAAAUCCUGCUCCUUUGGAAGCAUUCAGCCUACUGCCCCUACAGAAGAUAGCUCAGAUUACUGGAACUCAGAUUCUCUAUUUUUGUUUUUAAUUGUUUUUAACUCCAAGAGUGCUUCAUUACCCCCACCAUUACCAUUCAAUAGCAGGUUAUAUUUGUUGGGUUUUUUGGGGUUUUUAUUGGAAACAACCAGGCCUCAGGGUUUGCAAACUUCUGAAAGUUUAUUUUUCAGAAAGAAGCCAUUUUCUAGUUAGCUUUUUUUUUUUUUUCUUUUAAUUAUUACUCCCCCCACCUUACAUGCAGCAGAAGUUCUAUUCUUCCAAAACAUGACCUUGUCUUCAGCUACUUUAUCAAUUCCUGGAGACUGAAGUUGACAGAGUUUACUGUGAAAGGGGAAUAUGGAAUAGUUUUACUGUCAGAUUAGAAACAUUAAAAAAAUAUAAGGACUUGAAUUCCUAAAACUGAAAACCCUUCACCAGUGUAAAAGUAUUGCUUAACAUGUGAAACUCAAAUAUUUUCUUUCAAUUCAGUGAGAAUUCUGUAGUGGGUGUGAACUGCCGGGAAGUGCUUGUUCUUUUCAUGAUUUAAAAGAAGAAAAAACAAAUAGAGUCCUUUUUUUUUUUUUUUUUUUUUUUUUUUUUUUUUUUUCCUGUGUAGGGUAGGAAAGAUUGCUUUUCAGGAAAGCAUCACCAUUGAGGAAAGGUACAUGUUUACGUUAGUUAAAAAGUCUUUUCAGGGGACCUGACUUCAAGUCUGUGUGUAACUCCCCCUGCCUCCAAUUAAACUCAUAUUCGUAUGCAGUAGAACUAAUUUGGUUUUUGAAUCAAUGUGAUUCUUCUGCAAAUACAAUCAUUUAAACUUUUAUAUAUUUUUUUUUCAAUCUAACCCAAACCAGGUUUCUCAGUCCAAUUUUUUCAAUAUUCCUCGAACAGGCAAGGCAAUUUUCUGGUUUUUUGUUGGUUUUUUUUUUUUAACUUUGGAAGCAUUGCGGUUCAGUAAAUCAAUUCCAAAACGAUCAGGAUAAGUUUCUGAAUGACUGUUACAAAGAAAUAAUCACGUCAGAAAAUACUGAGAACCAACUCUGGCUCUGCAGGAGGUUUUCUCCAUCUGGAUUUUGUGUCCCAGUGGAGUCCUGCUGACCUCAGGGAAGCUCCAGAGAUCCAUGUCAGGCUGCAUUUGCAUUUUCCUGGUUCCUGAUCUCUGUCAGGAAUCUUUUGGAGCCUUGCCUGCAAACCUGGGUCUUCUUCCAGUGGAAACCUGGGUAUGGAUGAAGGGCUUGGCAGGGCAGGAUUUCAUGGCAACCUGGGGUGCAACAAAUUUUUUUUAUUUUUUUAUGUUCAAAAUGAAGCCAGACCCAUGGUGAGGAAUUGCAGUUCCCAGUUCCUGUGCUUCCAAAGUAGCUUCAGGUUUAUGGAUGUUGGAGUGGAAUAGGAGCACACGUGGCUCAAGCCCCAGCUCUGAUCCCCCUGGGCCAUUCCCUGGGGAGCUGGACUCGUUAUGGGUCCUUUCCACCUCAGAGUGUUCUGUGAAAUAAUACCUGGAUUUGUUUCUGGAAGAAUCACAAGUCCACCUUCCUAACUUUAGGAAUUUGGCAGCCCACGGGAUACAACAAAGCCUUUCCAAGGGAUGAUAGUUGCACUUCAACAAACAAAAAUCCAGAACACCCUGUGUUUUGAAAAAUUGGAACACAUGCUUUUAAUUGUAAUUAAAGUUGAUUUAGCAUUUUAUUUUCUGGAGUUGAGUCGUCUUGGGAGAAAAAAAAAUGAAUUAAGUAUUUGUCUAUGCAAGACACAAAUGUCAAAAAUGUGUGAAUUACCCAUCUUUAGGUACUGUAUUGUUAUUGUCUUUCUGACUUCUGUUCCUUUGAUAAGUCUCUUCAACCUUUCAGCCUUACAUUUGGCUUAGAGUUGAAAAGGCAAAAUGUAGCUUUGAAAUCCUGUUGGAAAUGUAACUAACCUUCGUUCCCUCAUGAAAAUCUCGCAUGUCAAACAAUUAAGUGAAAUGUUUUGGUUUCUGAUAAUAAAUUCAAACUCUCACCACCUCCUGAAAACGGCAUAUCCAUGAACUUGCAGGUGUUACUGUGGUGUGCAAACCUCCCCAGCAUCAGCUGGAUGCACUUUGCUCUUCACUCUGCAGCAGGGCUGAGGACAGGAGCAGGUUCAUUUUGCCAAACUCAAACUCAGCGUGGAUUCCUUCCCCCCUCCCCUGCCCUUGGCAUGCUAAACUCCUUCAAAGUCCUCCUGGCUUGUUUAAUUUUCGAGUCCUACAGUAACCUGAUGGCCCAGUGCAAAAUGCAGUGAAAUUGGCAUUUCUGAAUUGAAAAGUGAUUUUCAGUCAUUGCCCAAAUCAGGUAAUUUGUUCAUUCCUGUCACCUGGAGAUACAAAAUCCGUUCCUUUCCUGAGACUUGGUUCUUUAGGACCUGCUGAGUGAUCACAGUUGGUUUUGCCAGAGAAAAGCAAGGUGUGAGAAGGCAGGGGAAUGCCUUUCCAACCUUGUAGAUACCCAAAAAGACUCAUGGUGUUAAUAAAAUCCAGUGUUUCAGGUCUUGACAGAAGCUGCUCAUAACCUGCCCAAGGAUUAGCAGCACUGGGUCUGCACAAUUGACAAUCUUUAACAUGUGAACCCUGUAACUUUUCUUUCCUUGGUUGUUAAGGGAUUUUGAAGCAAUUGCUCUAUCAAGGGAUGAAAUUAAAAAUGAGAAUAUGCUUCAUGGAUGAUUUAUUUUUACACUGCUGCUCUCUGUGAACAGAAAAAGCACAUUUUGGAAGCAAAGCAUUUACAUUGCUUUAACAGUAUUGUUUGGCUGAAAGACAAAUGCGUUUUCAGGAAAUCUUGAGCAUAGUUUCAAACUAUUUAACCAGUUCUUGGCCAGGGAAAGUCCUUGGCCUUUGUAUUUGUUUGGGGUUUCUUGUUUAUGCAAAUGAAGAAAAAUGUUUACUAGUUCUUACCAGUGUGGGGAUUUUUAUUACACAUUUGUAAUGUAGGAGCAGCUUGGAUGAAUGAAAGAAUUAGCAGGUAAAUAGUCCACAAUGUUUGUGACUUUGGGUGGGGGUUUUUUUUGUUGUUGUUUCAAAAUUAUUAAUUAAAAUGGCAUGGACAUCAAACUUCAA